AUGCUACGAUUAGUCUUUCGCCCCUAUACGCCAGUCAGACGAUCGAUUUGCACGUCAGAAUCGUUACGGACCUCCACCGGAGCAUUAAAACCGAUUUUAAAUCAGGAAAAACGACAAAGCUCGAGUGGAAUUGAAGAAGAAGAGAAAGAAGAAGAAGAAGAGAAAGAAGAAGAAGAUGAGGAAGAAGAAGAAGAUGAGGAAGAAGAAGAAGAAGAAGAGGAAGAAGAAGAAGAAGAAGAAGAGAAAGAAGAAGAAGAAGAAGAAGAAGAG